AUGGUAGGAAAAAGGAGAAGGAAGGGAAAAAAGAAGCUCAUUGACGAGUUUGAGCUUCGUAGGCAACUAAGGAAACAAAGGCAGCCAACAGAAUUAUUCGACGAAGAGACUAUGACUAAAAUAGAGCUACCGGAACAUCCGGAAGAAAUCAGAAUCGGAGGACUCGAGGGGCACUUGGAAUGGAGGAGACAGCUGCUAGAAUUAACGUUAUGGUGGAACGAGCGAAGCAAAAUAUAGAAAUGUCUGAAUUAACUCCCUUAGAUUGUUUGGGUCUGACUCUAAGUGGAUGUGAAGAAGAAAGUUCCAAUCAUCAAUUAAUAGAAACGAUGAAAGAAAAAUAUCCAAAUAUUGCUAAGGCUUAUUACAUUAAUUCAGAUACCGUGGGUAGUCUCAGAACUGGUUUGGCAAACGGUGGGAUAGUUUUAAUUGCUGGCACCGGCAGCGGUGCAUUGCUGAUCAAUUUGGAUGGAACAACCAUAAGAUGCGGCGGGUGGGGAUAUUUCAUAGGGGACGAUGGCAGUGCUUUCUGGAUCGCCCGUAAAGCUUGUAAGUAUGUGUUCGAUGAUAUCGAUGGCUUGAAUCCAGCACCUAAAUCCAUAAGCUACGUAUGGCCAGCUAUGAGGCAUUACUUCAACGUAACCAAUUUGACAGAAUUAUUGCCGCAUUUUUAUAAAGACUUUGAUAAAACCACCUUCGCUAAGUUUACCAUGGAGAUUGUGAUAGGCUGUGAGAAAAAAGACCCGCUUUGUUUAUUUAUUCUUCAGGAAAAUGGAAGAUAUCUCGCGAAACAUAUCAUAGGCCUUUCGAGGAAAGCCCAUAAUGAUCUCAAAUUAGCUAAAGGUGGAUUAAAGGUCAUUUGCGUGGGAUCAGUUUGGAAAUCGUGGGAUUUUAUGAAAGACGCUUUCGUCGAUGAAAUUCAUGAGUCUCACGCUUUAGACGAAUUAACUAUGAUGCGCUUAACAGUAUCAGCUGCAUUGGGUGCGUGUUAUCUUGCUGCUGAAAAAAUCAACUGGCUAUUCACGAAAUCUUACGAAGACAAUACCGAAGUGUUUUAUCACUAUAAACGCUCAAAUUAUGUAAAACCAAAAACAACGAAAGAUUUGAUAGAGCCAACUGGGGACCAAGUUCCUUGUCCCAACGUCACCAAGCAUCACAGAUAAAAAUACAAAUAGGAAUAAAGUCUGUAUUUUAUGCUCGCAUUUUUCAUAUAUCUUUUAUAUACAAAAUAUAUAAUGUAAUAAUUUUUCAAGUACUGCAGUCUAAAUAUUAAAAUGAUUAACUGUAUAUGAAAUAUUUUCCACAGCAACAAAUGCUCAAAAAUGAGGAAGAAUAAACUUAUUGUUAAUUAUAAUUGAAAUUUUCAUUCGUAUCAUAAUUCUGCAAUUCAUCGAUAAAAAUUUUCUCGUCAUUGUGCUAUAAUAUAUCGACUAACAUGUAUAUAUUCGAAUAUAGUG